AUGAACCAUUUAUGGAAGUAUAUAGGAAAUAAAAUAAAAAUAAAGAAUUAUUAUUAAAUGAGGAUUUUAAGAUUAGAAAUUCAUGCACCUGUGAUGUAAAUAGUUGCGACUGACAGAAUAUGUAAGGUUUCAUAUAUACCAAAGGAAAUGAUUAAAAAUAUAUUUUACAAAUCUGCUAAAAAGAAUGAUGGUAUAUUUGGUGCAGAGGGAGAUAAAGGUGAAAUAUAAGGGAUAUUACAACAAUACAUUCAGAUAUGUAGUAAAGGUAAUAAAAAUUAGUUAGUUAUUGAUAAAUUUGGAUUAUAAAGUAAUAGAUUAAUAUGGUAAAAACAUAAAAAACAUGAAUGA